AUGGCCGAGGCCAUUGGAGUUGCCGGCUCCAUCGUCGGUAUCGUUGCUUUCGGGCUGCAACUUGGCGUUACAUUGCAGACACAUAUCGAGGCCGCCGUAGAAGCUAGUGAUCGGCUUCAAGAGAUCGCGUUCGAGAUCAAUUCCACGGCGGGUGUGUUGAGUCAACUCCAAGAGAUUAUGAAGAAAGACUGCGAUACGGCUGUCCCUAUUUUCAACAUCGAUGGCGUGCAGGAUAUCAAGCGGCUUUCUGAGAGAUGCAAGAGGAUAUACGGCGUCAUUAUCAUCUUGUUGAACGAAGCUGCUGAAGGUUCUGAGAAAAGAAAAGUAAAGGCACAAGUAUCAGCAGAUGGCCUCGACGACUUGUCAUUGAAGCUUAACAAGUUGGGAUUCCGGCGGAAGCUAGCAUGGCCAUGGCUGGAACCACGGAUCAAACGUUGCCAACAGGAGCUGAGGCAGGUGAAAUUGGGAAAUUGGACCUUUUCCUCCAUAUUCAAGUGGUCAACCUCGCACAGUUUCAAAUACAGUUCGUACAACCUCUUCUUACAAUUCGGCCACACAACACGGGCUCCUGGAUCGCUAGAAGAGGAACAAGCACUGAGAGGGCUAGCCCAGGAACUGAUGAGAAAACGAGCAAACCAUGCGAAGAAGCUCAUGCAACGCCGCCAUACUGAAAAGGUCGACAAGGCUAUGGCAGCAGCGCCCACUUCCAAGCCCGAAACAGUGGCCCCGCCACCAGAGGAAACCAUUAGUGCCAUCAAAAAGCCAGAUGCACCGCCUCUCCUAGCGAUAAUGACACAUCAUGCAGAAUCAGGAAAACAAACAGAGAAUAGCCUUGAUAAGGUUAUAGUUGACUCAACGCCACAACCACGUGGCAUGGAAGUGACGAUGGAAAACAACAGGCCUCAACCUGAAGAUGGGAAUCUGGUCGAAGACCCCGUGCGCAGGCUUGCCCACAGAUUUCAAAGCCGUGAAGCGCCAUCCAUCCCUGCGUCUCCUCCCCUCUUUUACAGCCAGCCAUACGCAGGAGGCGGCGUUGCCACCGAAGAAGAGGCCAGCGUGGAUUAUUCCCCUUCAACCAGCAACCCAGACAACGGUGGCUCUGGUGAUGACGAAGAGGGAUCUAUCAGCGGCAGCACCGCCGCCCCUACUGAUACCACAUCUCCAAAUCGAAUACUUCGUUUCAUUCCGAAUUGGGCUCAUGGAAUAUUCUCACGUGGCAGGCAUGACGACCGGAAGAGUGACAAGCUGGAGGCUUUUCUCCUUGAACUACCGGCCAGAAGCGAUCUCUUGUCUAAGCCAUCACUGAUGAAACUUGACAUGGAACAAAAAGACAUCGAAGCUGCCCUUUCUGCAAUCAUGCCCCGCCGCUGGCGGAGAGGACGGCUACAAAUGUGGGAGCAGUACAAGCAUCUCGACCCACGCGUCCGUCACGAAGUUCACCUUGCUAUGACAUUAGCAAAGCAGUGGGACACGCAAAGCAGAACCUGGAUAGCUAUCGAGAUCAUGCAAUCAUCAGAGCUGGACCAGCAGGAGAGCCUUCACAUCGUUCUAUUCUUUCGGCUGGGUGAGGAGGUGGAGCCUGUUGCCUUGAACACUACCAGCGGCAACUUUACGCUGCCAUAUGAACAUUGCCGUAGUUGGGAGAUGAUGGAAAACCUUCUUGUCACAGCCUUCACCGGUACACAGUUGGAAGUCGCGGUACGAAAUCGCAAAUAUGAUAUUGUCAACAAGUAUACAGGCGCAAUCAUCCCACCAGAGACAUGGAGGUCAGCGAUCCUUCCUGGGAUGCACAUCAAAAUGAAUAUGCGGUUUUCAUCCAGGCAAGCGUUCGACGCGACGCUACCCGGGCAUCCACCAUCGAUGCCACCUCCAGUGCCUGCAGAUGGACGGAUCCGGGUAGGCGGGAGUAUGCCAGUCCACAUACCACCACUAGGGCCAAUGCCAGCCCCGAGGAUGCCACGCAUGUCAGUAUACGGAGAGAAGAGGGUGGCACCCCGAAGGGAAGAGCUGAGUAUACUCCCGUCAAGGCGCCAACGAACGACGUCAUACAGAAGAGCCAUGGUAGACAUUGAGCCAAUGCCCCUGCACCAAGUCAGCAUCAAUGCACCGUCUUCAGCUACCACAGACAGCGAGUCUACAACUAGCAUCGAUAAUCGUGAACUAGAUGAAGAGAUGGAGGGACUUCUCGGCCCAAAGGAGGUCAUGAUAGAUGAGAUUGACACAUCUAAGCUUGACUUGAGGGAGCUCCUCAUGAGAUGGACCAACAUUCCGGACUCGGCUGGAAACCGUGUGCCCUUACCAGAGUCAGACAAGCGAGGCGCAUCAGAGAUGAGGAUAGAUUAG